GUUAUAUAGAGAGGUUACAUGGACGGCGAGAGGGCUCUUCUUCCAUAACGUUACAUCACCUGCGGGGAAAACGAUCACCGUCCCUAUAACCCUACGGAAGCACCAAACCGCAGCGAAUGCAGCUUGUUUUGCUGUUGCACCCUGAAGUUCUGUGUUGGCUUCUCGAACCCUUCUGAGGAGCUCCAACCAAACAUCGCUUAGCGCCAACAGUUUAACCGGCGCUGCCCCAUCUUUGGAUAGUCCGAACUCAUCCUAUAUUGGCAGCUCGAUAAUGCUUCGCCGGUCUCUGCUGCCAACUCUUGUCGCUGAUUAAUUCCUAAAGAGGUUUCUUGCGCGACCCGACUUCGCACGCGAAUAAGCUUCGAUUCCUUGCUUUUCUACACGUGAUACUAUCCUUCCCAUUUAGGAAUCAACAGGUACAAAAUUACUGCAUUGGGGUUGGUUUUGAUAUUGAUCCGAACUUUGAAUUUACGGUGGUAAAUUUAUAUUAUCCGGUCUACAAACUCCAGCCGCAUGUCAUUCUACCAGCGAGGGCGCGCAUCAAAGCCAAGUAUGCACUACUUUUUCCCAGGGCGAAUGUAUGUCGAGGCACAUGGACUGUAAAGUUCAUGUUGUCAGGGCUGCUGACUACCUGGAAACAUCGGUACCGCGGUUCAUGGUGUUAUUACUGCAUGAGGCAAGAGAACAGACGACAUUAGAUACACCUGGUAUCCCAUAUUGUGGUCCACGAGAGAAAGUGGUAUAGUGAGAGAUAAACAUAUUUCGGCCCUCCGAACACGCUUAAGAGCAGACCCUGAUAGCAGUUUUCUGGCCGUUAUCUGCAUUUUAACUCAUCAUACCAUACGUGCCGCGGUUAUCGCAGACAGCAGCUCAUGGCUUGUAAGUGUAACCUCAAUCCAAUCCCGUUAGGCAAGUCGCAGAGAAGAUUGCGGAGACUGUGCUGAAUUACAGUUACAAUCAAAAGCGGGGAGAUGAGAUCAGUAUCCACUUUGCACUCGACUGGCCUCGCUGCUCGUAUCGAUAUCCUGAAUUGCGGGGAACCUUGGUUGAAGAUCGUUGUUGCCGUGACCGGCACUCACCAGAGAGCAUACCAUAGCUACCACUUAUUGCUAUUAUACAAACCAAAUCCAACUGCCAGGACCAGAUGGCGGAAACGUUGCAUCGCUGAUAUGCCGUGAAGCUUUCGGUAGGGAAGGUAGGUGAACCCGGUAGCAUACACUGUGGAGACCUCGAAGUUGACAUCUCAACUUACUAUGGUCAUAAUUAUUCAAUCCACUACAUAAGAUGCGCUUGCCCACUUGUCAAUUUAAAUAAAGCGAAAUCAAUCCAACUAGGACUUUAUACUCAGCCUUGCCUUUUAUCAAGAUGCGUUCCCAGACACUUCUCACAGCAGCCGCCGCCAUUGCGGUUGCCAAAGCCUCCAAGGAGGUGCUUGCUACCCCUCCGAUGGGCUUCAACAACUGGGCACGGUUCAUGUGUAACCUCAACGAGACGCUUUUCACUCAAACUGCAGACGCCAUGGCCAGCAGUGGGCUGCUCGCUGCUGGAUACGACCGCAUCAACCUUGACGAUUGCUGGAUGCAGAUGAGCAGGACUGAUAACGGCACUCUUUUGUGGGACACAGAGAAGUUCCCACAGGGGUUGCCAUGGUUAGGCCGCUACCUCAAGGAGAAAGGAUUCCACCUUGGUAUCUACCAGGAUGCCGGUACACAGACGUGUGGCGGCUAUCCGGGUUCCCUUGGAUUCGAGCAGAUUGAUGCUGAUACUUUCACCAACUGGGGAAUCGACUACCUUAAGUUAGAUGGCUGCAAUGUCCCCACAGCUCCCGGGAGGACUGACGUGGAGACUUACAAGGAUAUAUAUUCCCACUGGCAUGAGAUCCUUAGCAAACAAGCCAACCCUCUCAUCUUCUCCGAAUCAGCACCAGCCUACUUCUGUGGUACGGAUAACCUAACGGACUGGUAUACAGUAAUGGACUGGCUGGCAGACAACGGAGAGCUUGCGCGCCAUUCAUAUGAUGUCGCUACCUGGGGCGACGCAAACCCAUGGUCAAGCAUCAUGUCCAACUAUGACCAACAGAUUCGCCUAGCUCGGUACCAAUCGCCUGGGUUCUUCAACGACCCCGAUUUCUUGGUCUCAGACUACCCGGAGCUCACCAUCGAUGAGAAGCGUUCCCAGUUUGCCCUGUGGGCGUCGUUCUCCGCCCCGCUCAUUAUCAGCGCUCACAUUCCCGACCUCGGCAAAGAUGAGCUUGCCUUCCUUACCAACAAAGAUCUCAUCGACGUUGACCAGGACGCCCUCAGCCAGCAAGCUACGUUGGCCAGCCGUGAUAGCACCUGGGACGUACUUACAAAGAGCCUUGGCAGCGGAGACCGCCUGCUAACGGUACUGAACCGCUCCCCUGCCGCUGCCAGCACCUCAAUCCCUCUUGCACAGCUUGGACUCUCGUCGACUUGCAACUUUGCAGUCAAGGAUCUUUGGACUGGUGACGCUACUGGUCUUGUGUCUGGCGAGUUCAAGAUUAAGAAUGUCCCAUCCCACGGAACCGUCGUAUACCGCCUGACACCAUCGAAGAACUCGUGCAAGACUGUCAUCCCAACUGGCCUCAUCAUGAACACCUUCUCGAUGACCUGUCUGACCGCAGGAGCUGCAAAGGGUAGCGAGGUUUCGUCCGCAAGCUGCAAUUUCCCAAGCUCCCAGGUCUGGCAGGUGAAGUCUGAUGGAAGCAUUCGCAACCUUGCGGAACAGUCCAAGUGCCUCACUGACUCUGGAAACGGCCCCAUCACCAUUGCUCCUUGCAAGGGUAACCCAAACCAGAACUGGUCGUAUGCUCUUUCUGGAGAUCUCACGAACGAGGGCACCGGAAAAUGUCUUACUGAAGGUGGGAAUGGACAAAUUACCACAGAAACUUGCAAGUUCGAGACCAACAGCCAGGUCUACGCGUUACCAAUUGGCGCCAAGCUGCAGUAAGCGCGACCAUGAUAGGAGAGGUUUUAUAUGUAACAGCACACUAUAGAGUUUAUAGUCUAUAGUUUAUAGUAUAGUUUAAAAGAUAUAUACUAUAGUAUUCAAUUCUAUUUAAC